AUGUGGAAACAAGGAACCAGAAUUAACCGGUCCAGCGGCAUCCGGAGACUUGCUCGAUCGCAGUACAGGCCUGAGUACAGCUGGCGAGGGCUCUCGACAACUGUAAAGGCAGAAAGCACUCUCUAUAGCGCAGCUUUGGAUAUAGCCGAUUACGACGUUGUGGUCAUUGGUGGUGGUCAUGCCGGAUGUGAGGCAUGCUCUGCAGCGGCCCGUACUGGUGCCAAAACAGUUCUGGUGACGCAGAAGCUUGAUACGAUCGGCGAAAUGUCCUGCAACCCGUCGUUUGGUGGAAUUGGUAAGGGUAAUCUCGUACGCGAGGUUGACGCAAUGGACGGGCUGUGCGGACGCAUGGCCGAUCUGGGCGGCGUGCAGUUCCGUAUCCUCAACCGGUCGAAGGGCCCCGCUGUGCAUGGCCCGCGGGCACAGGUCGACCGCGUACUGUACAAGCGCAACAUGCAGCAGACGCUAUCUAAUUAUCCGGGACUGUCACUGAAGGCAGGCAGCGUGGCUGAUAUUUUAUUGGAGCGGCCCACGGACACAGAUCAGACAACACUGAAGCGGUUGGCUAGUCAGGAGAGCACAUCGGCCGAGGCGUCGGCUACUGUGGUGGGCGUGCGGCUGGAGUCGGGCGAGAUUAUACGUGCGCGCAAGGUGGUCAUAACCACGGGUACAUUCUUGGGUGGCGAGAUCCACAUUGGCCUCAAGGCCUUCCCCUCAGGGCGCACGGGCGAGGCGGCGUCCAUUGGUCUAUCAAAGUCGCUCAAAGACGCCGGAUUCCGCCUUGGCCGCAUGAAAACAGGAACGCCGCCACGCCUAGAUGGCCGCACCAUAGACUACUCGCGCAUGCCGCGGCAGCUCGGCGACAUGCCGCCGACGCCCUUCUCCUUUGUGCACGACACUGUACCCUACGCUGAUCGCCAGAUAAUGUGCUACCAAACGCGCACAACGCCCGAGGCGCACGAUCUAAUCCGCGCCAACUUUGACCAGUCGAUACAUAUCCGCGAGACUGUGCGCGGGCCGCGGUACUGUCCCUCCCUGGAGUCCAAGAUUAAGCGGUUCAGCGAAAAGCAGUCGCAUAUUGUGUGGCUCGAGCCCGAGGGCCUGCCCGAGCACACGGACCUUGUGUACCCGAACGGCAUCUCAAACACAAUGCCCGAGGACAUCCAGGUGCGGUUCCUGCGCAUGAUGCCAGGGCUCGAGAACGUUACCAUGACUCAGCCCGGAUACGGCGUGGAGUACGACCACGUUGAUCCGCGCGAGCUCAAGCGUAAUCUCGAGACCAAGCGCGUCAACGGCCUGUAUAUGGCCGGGCAAAUCAACGGAACCACUGGGUACGAAGAGGCCGCUGCGCAGGGCCUCCUAGCCGGUGCGAACGCCGGAUUGGCAGCCGCGGCAGCACCAAAAGGGUCGGAAUCGCCGCCCCAACAGCUCAUUCUGGAUCGCUCUGACGGAUACCUGGGAGUGCUGAUCGAUGACCUGAUCACCCGUGGCGUCGAGGAGCCCUACCGCGUGUUCACAGCGCGCUCGGAAUACCGGCUUUCGUCGCGCGCAGACAACGCCGACCUAAGGCUUACGCGCCGCGCUGCCGCCCUCGGGCUUGUCCGCGACCCGCGCCGGCUUGCACUCCUGGACACCGUCGAGGCCGAAAUGGCGCACGCCCAAGGUCUGCUGGCCAAAAUGGUUUUGUCGCCCAGUGCCUGGGAAACCAAGCUUGGCGGCGACACCCAAGUGUGCCGCGACGGCAUCCCACGGUCGGCACUGGACAUGGCCCGACUUCCGCAGUGGGCGCUGCGUCCGAGAAUCUCUGAAAUCGUCCCCGAGUGGUGCAAUAUGCCCGUGGGCAUCCGCCGCCGGGUCUUGACCGAGGCCAUGUACCAUGGGUACCUGAAGCAGCAGCAGGCUGAGGUCAAUUCGUUUAAGCGCGACGAGGGCAUGCGCCUGCCGACGAAUAUUGAUUACUCGCAGAUCCGUGUUCUGUCGCGCGAGGAGAUGGACAAGCUCAUGCUGAUCCGCCCAGAUACCUUUGGCGCGGCCAAGCGUAUCGACGGCAUCACGCCCGGUGGGAUCCUGGCUCUACUGAGGCAUGUGCAGCGCCAGCCGGCCGACCAGAAGCAGCAGCAGAAGCAGCAAAUAUACAAGGAGCAGCGGCAAAGACAGAAGCUACAAGAGCAGCAGAAUGAGGAGCAGUCAUCGGGUGCAGCCUGA